ACGUCAGAAAUAGGUCUCUACCAAUCCCGUAAGGCUGUAGAACCCGGUAGUGAUGAUGGCGUUUGGAUGUUGAGGGCCUUAUAGUAAUGACAAUGCACUGAUGGCUGUACAUGGUUUCUCUUUAGUAGACUGUAAGUUGAACAACUAAAUGAAAAUGGAGAUGGAGGAGGAUGAUAAAAUAUUAGACCGCAAACCUGUGGUGGAAUCAGAGGGGCUGCAGUUUCUGCAACAAACAGUGGGUUUUGUUUUCUCUGAUUAUGGCUGGUACAUCUUCUUUGGAGUUAUUGCACUGUACCUUCUUGUUCAGAGGAUGCGUCAAAUUAAGGGAUUGAAGAGGAAAGUCUCUGUCUCUACUGAAGAUCCUUCAGUGGUUGUAAGACGAGAGGAAGCUCUAGAAGCUGCUCGGCGUAGGAUGCAGGAAGAACUAAAUGCCAAAGCAGAGUUAUACAGAGAAAAACAGAAACAACUUGAGGAAGAAAAAAGAAAGCAGAAGAUAGAAAUGUGGGAAAGCAUGCAAGAGGGCAAAAGCUACAAAGGGAAACUAAAACUGAACCAGGAUGCUGGAGAAUCAAGUGCAUCAAACUUGGCUACAAGACCAAAGCCUAAAUCUGACAAAAAGUCAUUACGAGGAUCUGACUACAAUCCUCUCAGUGGAAGUGGAGGAGGUUCUUGUUCCUGGAGGCCUGGUCGAAGGGGUCCUUCUGCUGGUGGAUGAGGUUAAAGAGCUGUCAGUGUUGCCUAAAACGUAAUAACACUGGCAGAUGAGAAUGAUGCACUGUCUAGUUGUCCAGAGCUUGCUUGUCAUCUUCAUUUGUUUUACUAAGAAUGCAGUCUGCAGAAUGGAACUGCGCUUUAAAGCAAAAUCUUCAGGUGGUGUUGGAAUGUGAUUACAUUCUUUGGCUAGCAACUCUAAAUGACGUCAUUCUUGAAAAUGGCAAACUACCAGCAAGGAUGACAGAAAUCGGACAAUAGAUAGUGUUACUAUUUUCUGUAGCAAUUCAGAAGUACAGUUUGUUUACUUAUUGGCUUUAAGUACAGAUGAGGCACAUUAUAUUCAUAAUAAUUUUUUUCUUUUAAUCCUUCCCCUUAUUCUACACUGCUCUAGCAAAUCUGGUGACUUGGCAUUCAGGUCUCAUGAUCUCUCCUUAAGUUUAACACUCAGGUAAUUUAAAUUUCAUGUGAGAAGAAUGCAUGAAAAAAAUAUUUUCUCCCCAAAGUGUUUGUGUGUGUUUGUGCGCUUAUGUAUGUGUUUAAAGGAGGUGAUUUGUUGAUAAAUGGCCAUUGCCUUUCUAAAAUAAAAAUGAUGUAAGUGGA